AUGGCGCCCCGGGUGAGGGUUGAGGGGUGGAAGGUGUUUGCCCGCAGAUUGUGCGGCUUUCCUCCACCCGUGUCUGGCGACCUGGUUGUCAUGGAGGCAGUCGUGACCGAAGAGUUUGAUGAAGAGGAGCAGCUGGUGAGAAGGCAUCGCAGAGAGAAGAAGGAGUUGCAAGCCAAAAUUCAAGGAAUGAAGAAUGCCGUUCCCAAGAAUGACAAAAAGAGGAGGAAGCAACUCACUGAAGAUAUUGCGAAGUUGGAAAAAGAGAUGGAGCAGAAACAGAGAGAGGAACUGGAGCAAUUGAAGCUGGCCUCCAAGGAGAAGAAGAUAGAUUCUGUUGCUGUUAACAUUUCAAACUUGGUGCUUGAGAAUCAACCUCCUCGGAUAUCAAAAGCGCAAAAGAGACGGGAAAAAAAAGCUGCACUGGAAAAGGAGCGGGAAGAAAGGAUAGCUGAAGCUGAAAUUGAGAACUUAUCUGGAGCCAGACAUGUAGAAAGUGAAAAACUUGCUCAAAUAUUGGCAGCCAGAGAGUUGGAAAUAAAACAGAUUCCAUCUGAUGGGCACUGCAUGUAUAGAGCCAUUGAGGAUCAACUGAAAGAACAGGACAGUGCUCUGACAGUGGCUGCCUUAAGAAGCCAAACUGCUGAAUAUAUGCAAAGCCAUGUGGAAGACUUUCUGCCAUUUUUAACAAACCCUAAUACAGGAGAUAUGUAUACUCCAGAAGAGUUUGGAAAGUACUGUGAUGAUAUUGUAAGUACAGCUGCAUGGGGAGGUCAGCUUGAGUUAAGAGCUUUAUCUCACAUUUUACAGACACCAAUAGAGAUAAUACAGGCAGAUUCUCCUCCUAUUAUAGUUGGUGAAGAAUAUCCAAAAGAACCCUUAAUUCUUGUAUAUAUGAGACAUGCAUAUGGCUUAGGAGAACAUUAUAAUUCUGUUACACGGUUGGUGAAUGCAACUACUGAAAAUUGCAGCUAGUUUAUAAAAUGUUACACAAUUAUGUUUUAGUACUUUGUGCUGAUUUGAAUAUUUCUGUUCAGUGCUAGAUUGUUCUAAAUGCUACUGAGAAAUACAGACUUUUAGAAAUAUGUCAGAGAUAAACUUUAUGUCCACUUAGUGGUAUUUUAAAAAUUUGUAUGUUCAUUGUGGGGAACAUCAUUCUGAGACCAACAUUGUAUUUUAUUCAGUGAUAUUUUUAUUUAUAUAGAAUUCUGGUCAUUUUCUUGUUUUGGAAUAAAUUGUGUUUUAAAUUUUACCCCACUACUAAAAGUUUCCAAAGUAGUCAAAUUCAGUGUAAUUUUUCUGAAGUGAAAUGACUUCUUCUCUUUGCAAUUGCAGUAAUACAGUUCAGCAAUAGCAAAUUUAAUCAAUGCUUAUAAAAUGAAAUUGAUUAUAUUAACUUUGAUGUUGGUGGGAUUAAUGGGGUGAAACUUUUAAUUUAGUACACCAAAGUACACCUAAGCAGCUUGCUUUAAUAAUUAAGAAUUUUUGAAUACUCAUAUGGCAAUCAGUAGUUAAGUUUAAAGGAAUGAGACAAUGUCAAAGGUGCAUGCAUGUUCACUGUUAGAUUUACAUCUCUGAAGAUUUGGAGGUUUGCCUUUUAUUUGUAUGCAACUUUAAAAAGACCUUAAAGAUUACUGUCUUUCUAAUUUCUGUGUUAUUCUUGCUGCUGCUUAAACUUUUGCCAUCAUUUCUUGGUUCUCUUCGUAACUGCAGAUUUUUGUGUUUUCUAGAAUGUUUUCUUCAGCACUGCUCAAUUGCUUUGCUUUCCUUGCAGUCUUUUCCACCAAGAAACAUUUUGUGCCCUUUCAUUCUUUACCCUGUACAAGUUGAGGAUUUAGUAACCUAAAAGGGGCUAAGGCUACAUUUAUUUCAGAUUUCUCCUCUCUUCCAGUGUGUUUAACAAGAUCUCUCCCUUUUUGUUCAUUCUGCAGGAUUAGAAGAAAGCCUUGAUUGCUUAUUAUUUUAUUAGCAUUAUUUAUGUCACUUUUUCUUCAACUGAAACAUGAAAAUUUUAUUUUUGCACAUAUGGGUAAAGUUGAAAGAGAUUAUUUGGGAGGCAAAAGCAGAAUAGAUAGUUUUCUGUGUGAAUGAUGCAUCUUAUUCAGAUUUCAGAUAACUCAGCAGUAUUCUUCCUCAGAGGAUAGUAUAUAUCUCUAGUAACUUGUUAUAUAAAGAAAUAUUAUGAAAGUAACACCUUUUUGGUUUGAUCUUUUUUCCCAAAUUAAAAAUAUAACCUAGAAAAUUUAGCAUCAAGUUUAUAACAUUAAUUUUUGUUCCAUGUAUAAUUUUUGUGGGUACACAUUGGGUUUAUAAUAUUAAAAGUGGAGUUAGUCUCUCAUGCCAGCAGGUACCAGUGUGGGAAGGUGGUAGCGACUUUUCUCAAUUAGAAUGAUUAAGUGCUUCCUGAGGGCAUUCCAGUUCAACAGAUAAAAAACUAUUCCUCUGGCCAAACAAUGUAUUUUGAAGGUAGCCUGUUUUAAAGCCUUUGAUCUGAAUUUCUUAGAGUCAAAGUUUAUAAAAGAAUGAAAUUGUAAAAUACACAAUGAUUUGUUUCUAUUUUGAAGUAAUCUGUUACUUUAAAGUUAAAAUGUCAGCAUUAAGAAGUAAUAAAACAAAAUAUUAUAAGAAUUAGUUAUUGUAAG